GCCUUGCUUUACAUCGAACUGAUAAUUUGCAUCGAGCACAUUGGUUAAACAAAUCUGUGUGCAGAAUAAAGCAGUCCAAUUGGAUAAGGAACCAAAGUUUUGUCAUAUCUGAAAAAUGGCACCACCGAAGGUAUUACUCGGACAAAAUCGACAAAACAGCACUGCAACUUUGAGGAAAGGAAUAACGACCAGAAGUCAAAAUUCUUUACAGAGCAAUGUAUUACGACAACCCAAUGUUGUUAGAGAAACUCGCGCCAAGCGAAAAGCGGAAGUUUCGCCAUUUAAAGAAAAAACGCAUAAAAGAUGCGCUUUUGCAAACAUCACCAAUGCCAUUACCACAACGCUGGCAGGGCAGAAUCAUCCAUCGAAAAAGAUGGUUACUCAAACCAAAUCAGUUGAAAGUAACGUUGCUUUGCCAGAGAAACCUGCAGACGUUGCUGUAUCAAAAAUUGUACCGGCAAAAGCAAAACCAGUGCCUCGUGUUAAGCCUAUUAUCAAAAAAGAUGAUAAAACGGAGACUGCCAACAAAAUUGUAAAUAAUAGAAUGAGUUCAGAUUUGGAGAGAUCAGAGGAUAAUUCGUUGUACGUCAGUGCUUUAGAAGAUAUUACUGAUAGCGUGAAAAGAACUCGUAGGAGCAGCAAUAAGGUUGAUGAAAAAACAAAUGAGAAAAGGGAGAAAUCAGUGGAAAAACAAACGGAGAAAGAUGAACAAAGUGAACCAUCGCCUUCUGCGAGUGAGGAUAAGGUUUCGGCCGCCAGUUUGUUGAUCGCCAUACCUGUAAGACAAUUACCCGAAGGUGUUCAAUGGGACUUUGAUGUCGAGAAUUGGCUAGAUCCGUACCAGGUGUCACAUUAUGCGAUGGACAUCUUCGAGUAUCUGAAAGAACGAGAACGCCUAUUCCCCAUCGGCAAUUACAUGGAUCGGCAAGUAUGCCUCUCGCAAUGGAUGAGAGCGCUACUGGUCGAUUGGAUGGUCGAGGUACAGGAGUCGUUUGAGUUGAAUCACGAGACCUUAUAUCUGGCUGUAAAACUGGUCGAUCUAUAUCUAACAAAGAUGACAGUCGGGAAAGAGACUCUACAACUGCUCGGCGCUGCGAGUCUUUUCAUAGCGAGCAAGUUUGAC